AUGAGCUCGGAGACUGACACCGCCGGUAGUGGCCGAACCCUGGACACACUGCCUAUUCAGGUCAAGAAUAAGAUCUUCUCCUAUUUCCUCUUGGGUAAGAACGUCAAAUAUUCCACCAAGGGCAAACAACCUGGUCACAGGUACAAGUUCAACGCUUCCCUCAUGCUUGUCAACAAGAGACUCAACCAAGACGCCUCCAUGUAUGUUCGAAGCCACAACGAGUUCAUCCUCAUCCACGUCAAAUGGUUUGCCUUUGAGAUCGAUCAAGGCAGAUUCCUCCCUUACGUCGCUGUCGGAAAUGCGGCCAAAACCUUCAAGUGUCCCGCCGUGGAAGCCACGAUCAAGCACCAGAGUACCAAUUGUGGAUGUACCCCUGGCUCGGACUGUUCUGUCAGGCACCAGCCAGUGCCGGAGAAGGUCACCCGUGCUCUUUUGAUGGCCGAGGAUCUGGACGUCUUCGUCAGACAUCUCAAACUGGCCUACCACAUCUGGCCAACACUUCCCAUCUACGUCCACUCAGCGCCUGGUGACAGUCCUGUCGAGUGGUCCGCCAGUCCAGCCCAGACGCAUAUCGACUUUGUUUGGAAGAUCAAUAAGCCGUUCCGUCAGGACCUUACUCAGGCCCAGCUCCGCGAGCGUCAGAUCAGACUGUUGGAUCCAAUCUCCAAGCUUGUCAACAAUGGACAGAACGUCAAGAUACUUGGUGCUGAACAUGAUCUUGUGUCCACUACGGUCAGAGCCAUGACCCCUCGCCUGCUCUCGCUCGAUGCCGUCGGCUGGGAUCUUUACCACCUCAUCAAGGCCGAGAAGCAGUACUUGGAUGAAAUACCCAACCAUCAAACACCGAGGCAACUUGAACUGAGCAACGCCUACCAGUACAUCGGCAGCCUUGGAUGGCUCUUUCCUGACAACAACGAAUCACCCUCGACAGCCUUCGUCUUCAAAGCUGACUCCCCCGGCUUCAACGCAGAGGGUGUGCCCUUGGCGUACUGGUCCAUGGAGAACGGACAACACGACCAAGACACUUCCUGCUGGCAAUAUAACGUACAAAUCCUCAGUCUUGACUGCACACUCACUCAGGCAAAAAUGGCUCUGGACAUGAAGAUGCACAACACUUGCAAGUUCUUCAUUUCCUUCUGCAACAUGAUUCUGAACACAGGCUAUUUCGCCUUCCCAGACGAGAUCCGGUCGGCCGUGUGUCAUUACAACUGCUUCUUCUUGCUUUGGGAAUCAGGUCGCCAGAAACGUCCCGGUGCAUACACUGAAGUCAUGCUUGCUCUGGACGACAUCUUGUUGCAAGGCGCCGCCCAUGGGUUUGACGACGAGUAUGUCCGUCAGGACAGGGAUCGAGUUGCCCGCAUUGUUUCGAGAGAAAUCAAGAUCUCUGACAACGACAAACACAACUUCCCUGGUCUCUUCCGUCGCCAGCGUAUCUGGAACACCCAGGCCAACCCACACCGCCCCGAAGGUUCCGGUUCAAUGUCACUGUCCCCUUCUCUGUCUGCUAGCCUGGCUGCUUCCAUCACCCGUAUGGCCGACAAACGCAUAACCGGUCCGGAAUAUUUGGAUGAGGAUAAGGAUGAACGUGAAGACGAGGGUGAGGAUGAGGCUGAGCACAGCGAUGACGGUGAUUUGGAUGAGCUUGAGGACAGCGAUAAGGAUGGCUCAGACGAGGUUCAUGGCAGCGAGGAUGAUCACGUUUUCAUUGGUGUCUUCAAUCCUCGUCACUCUCGCGGAGAGAGCACCUUUCGACUCCGCACUGAGCGAAGAGCAGAUGGAAUGGGGUACAACAUCGUGCCUAUAAUUAACACACAUUGA